AUGGGGAAAGAGAAGAAAGAGGAGGAGGCUGUCUUUCUGCGGAAAAAGAUAACUUUGCUGAGGGCUUUCUCCCUUCUCAUCGGCAGCAUGGUUGGCAGCGGCAUCUUUAUCUCCCCAAAAGGAGUGCUGAAAAACUCUGGCAGCGUGGGCUUCUCCUUGGUUGUCUGGUUUGCCUGUGGGAUCCUCUCGAUGUUUGGUGCCUUGUGUUAUGCAGAGCUUGGCACAAGAAUCACCAAGUCUGGAGGACAUUACAUCUAUAUUUUGGAGACACUAGGGCCUCUGCCAAGUUUCUUAUUCCUGUGGGCAGAGUUUUUUGCUAUCAGGCCUGCCAACAGUGCUGUGGUUUCUCUGGCGUUUGGACGCUACAUGCUGGAGCCAUUUUUUGCCCCUUGUGCUGCCCCUGUCCCUGCUGUGAAGCUUGUGUCUCUCCUGGGGUACUACAUGGUCCUCACCCUCAACUCCUGGAGCGUCACCUGGAGCGCUCGGCUGCAGACGGCUCUCUCCAUCGUCAAACUCCUGGCGCUCGCUCUCAUCAUCGUGCCUGGGAUGAUGCUGCUGGCCCAGGGCCACACUGAGAACUUCCAGGAUGCUUUCAACAGACAGUCUCUGGUUUUGGAUAAGCUGCCCCUGGCUUUUUAUGCAGGCAUGUUCGCAUAUUCAGGCUGGUUUCAGACCAGCUUUGUGCGUGAAGAGUUGGUCAGACCUGAACGAAAUAUCCCCCUGGCUGUCAUCGUGUCUGUGAUCACGGUAAUUGUGGGGUAUAUGCUCACCAACGUCUCCUAUUACACGGUCCUGGGAAUGCAAGAUGUUCUGGCUUCUUCUGCUGUGGCUGUGAGCUUUGUGCAGCGAGCCUUCAAAAGCCUGAUCUCGGUUGUCCCUGUCCUUGUUGCACUGUCCUGCUUUGGAACCAUGAAUGGAGGAAUCUUCACAUUUUCAAGGACUCUGUUUGUGGCUUCCAGGGAAGGACAGUGGCCUCCUCUCUUCUCCAUGAUCCACAUUCGAAGGCACACACCCCUUCCUGCUGUCAUGUUAAUG